AAUUCCCAAUUUCAGGGGGAUGUCGAUUGAGAGUGGGAAUGUGCACCCUACUGCUGUUCCUAAUUCAGUUCCUGUUCGCGUCGCUUACGAGCUUCUUCAAGCUGGCCACCGUUAUCUGGAUGUUAGGACAACUGAGGAAUUUAGCGACGGACAUGUCGUCGGCGCCGUCAAUGUCCCGUUCAUGUUAAGAGUUGGCCCAGGUAUGACCACCAAUCCCAAAUUUUUGGAGCAAACGCUGAGUCAUUUUGGCAAAGAUGAUGAGAUUAUCGUGGGGUGCCAAGUUGGAAAAAGGUCCUUCAUGGCUGCGUCUCAGCUCGUCUCUGCUGGCUUUACUGGAAUUACAGACAUGGCUGGAGGAUAUGCUGCCUGGGUGCAAAAUGGGCUUCCCACCACCAAGUGAUGACAUGCAUAAUAAUUAUUACAAGAAAAACGUCAAAAAUAGAAUAAAACAAAGAAACGUGAAAUUAUAAUAUAUGUCCAGACUUUUAAUUGAAGAAGUUUGCCUUAUUUCUUUUAUCCAUAAAAGGGCAAAAAUUGGUCGGUUUCUGUAGGAAUUUUCCUACUAAUAAAUAUAUGAUGCAUAUUAUUAUGUUAAAAGACAAAUGGAGAUGUUUCGAAUUAUUUUGUAGAUAAUGCAAAAUGCAGUAUGAUGGAAUU